AGGCCGCCGUGCCGAUGGCGGCAGCCACCGCGCAGCGCCAGCUGGGAAGGCCCCUGGCCGCGGCUGCAUCGAGAGGCGGCGUUGCGCGCCAGCCACCGCGCGGGGUGGCGCGACGCGCCGGGCGGGGGCCGCCAGAGGGCAACCCGCUGGAGGCGGCCGCGCUGGCAGUGGGCGCGGGGCUCGCCGCGAUCGGGCGCGCCUUCAGUUCCCUGGCCGACGUCUCAGGGGGCCCGUACCUCGGAGUGCGGAGGACCGGAGAGCUGCUGCAGUCCCGGCUGGCCGCCGACGACAGUGCGGACCCGGGCCGGAGCGGCAUGGCUUGGGAGUACCUCGCGAAGGGCGAGGCGCUCAUGGACGUGCGCCUCGAGCACGGCGGCUCCCUGCAGGUGACGAGCCACGCCGCCUCCGAGCGGGGGCCCCCUCCCGGCGAGUCGGCGGGAACCCGGCAGGAAUGGCGGGUCCUCGCCUUCACGCCCGACGCCGGAACCACGGACUUGGUCCAGUCGGUCACCAAGGCGCCAUUCGCCUUUCGGUCGGGCGGCCCCGCCUUGCAUUGGCGGCUCCGUCGCGAGAGGGCCAGCUCUCACACUCUGCUCCGAGUGCCCACGGUUCACCCCCACGACCUAUGCUUCAGGCAUGCCGCCGAAGCGAUCCCUGCUGGCGCCGCUCGAAGCGCAUGUUGGCGGAGUCCUGCUGAAGGCCGGAGGGGCGCAGGGGCCCACAGGCUGGGGGCUCCACGGAGAAUUCCGAGCUCGGGGGCGUCCUGCAGCCGCC